AUGGCAGGCAUCCUUGCCAUAAUAUGCGACAUCGCACGGCUAUUCGCUCGAGCGGUGGCAUACAUCUUCGUUGGUGUCGCGAACCUCCUGCUCUCAAUCGCAACACUCUUGCAAGGAUCGACGGACGUCCACGAUUCAAAUUUGCAGCCCAAGGAUGAGCUGGAAGGGGGACGAGACGAUGUAGAGCGGCUGAGGUCCAACGUCAAGCGACUUCAAAGGCAGUUGGCGGACGCAGAGAAGCAGAUCAAAGAGGAAAAACGCCGAGAAUUGGGAGAGAUGGAUCAGAUCAACAAUGAGUGGAAGAUCAAAUUCAGCCAGCUUGAGCAGCAGGUCUCUGUCCGUGACCAGAAGAUCGUGUCGAUGGGCAUAGAGCUUCAGAAUUCUCAGCGCCAGAAUGCAGCAUAUGUAGAGGAACGUGAACGCAUUCAAGCUCUGUCGGAGGCUCGGCGCAUCGAACUCUUAGCUGCCCAGAGCUACUUCAACACUGCAGAUACCACAUCGGAGAGCGAUGUCGUUCGAAUUGUACAAACUCUGAACGCUGAGAUUUUCAAGACUACGAAAGCUAUUGCAGACCUGUUCAAGACCACGCAUAAGGAGAAGCCGGAUGACGCCACAUUAGAUCAAGCUCGCAAAAGGGUCGGCCAACACACUGCACGCCUCCUCAUGUCUUCUGUGGAUCAUGAGCAAGACACCGUUUUCUUGGAGACCGCAGUACAAGCAGCUAUAGUUGAAUUCUCCGCAAGCCUUACCUCUGCAUGGGAUUUGGAAUUCCUACAUGUGGACACGAUGGCUCUCGCUCACCGUCAAAUGCGCAUUACAGAGACCCCCAGCGUAGCCGGGCGAUGGCGCGCACUCGCCCACAAGUAUGAACCGCAAUCAUCGCGCACUGGCCAUACUUGGGAAGAGAUGUUCUUCCAUAGUCUGCUUGCUUCCAUCGCAGCAGUCUUGACUCUUGCGAAAGGGUCUCAAGAUGCUAUAGCAUCCGUUCAGGACAAUUUGCGUGUCCUUGUGCGAACCAUCUUGGCACUGCGCAAGAUGAUCGGCGAGGAGAUCGUUGGCACCGACUACGUCGUUACGAUUGGUGUCGCAGAUGAACGGUUCGUUCCGGACAACAUGGAAGAUGCGCUCGACCCGGAUGUUAAGGGAGAUGCAGACAAGGCCGGCUCUCCCGUGUUCUGCCCCUCCGACCUCGGGCUUCUACGAGUCGAGAAGCCAACGGCGGACGUAGAAGAGAAUCAGUUGAGCAUGAAGACUCUCAUUAGGCAUAAAGUCGUUCUUAAACGCACAAUACAAGAGUUACUGGCCGAAGCGAAUUUGUCCGAAGACGAGAUCGCGGAGGUGGUGGCACAGUCAGUCGCUGUCGCCGAAGGAUAUUUGUAA